CGUCUCUCUUCCGCACAUCGGCUCUCGCGCUCUCUCCGGCACAAUAGAGAGCGAGCGAGAGAGGGGGAUCAAGCGAGCGAGCGAGUCGCUGCUGUGCCUCUCGCCGGAUCUCCCAUUCGUUCCGUCGUGUACAGUAGUAGUCUGUGUGCAGUGCCGCUGCUCGUGCGCGUCUCUCUCCUCUGCGUUGACUCCCCGGCGACGACGACGCACCGACGCCCACGUCUGAAAAACACGCGUGAACCUCGUCUCCCCCCCGCGAGUACAGUGCCAAGGAUCAUCAUCGGGACACGACGACCCCACUCGGAGCCGUUGCCGCUGCAGUGUAGAUCUGCCGUCGACUACGAGCUGCGGAAGUAGUAGCGGCGGUGCUUCGUUUACAAAAUGACAACGUAACGAAGGGAGAAAGAGGAAAAGAUCGAGAGAGAGAGAGAGAGAGAGAGAGAGAGAGAGAGAGAGAGAGAGAGAGAGAGUCGAGGCAUGAAAUGAUGAUGUCCGGGCUGGAGCAAGGGGCAAGAUGAGCAGCGACCACGAGGGCAGGUACGGCAUGAGCGGUGGUAUCGGGGGCAAAAUGCCACACAGCCACUCGACGCCGGCGGGCGUGGACGGAGGGGGUAGUCGCACACCCCCGACGACGCCUCGCAAGGCCGGCAAAAUGCUCGCCUUCCGCGUCCAGAUGCUCGACGAUUCCAUCACCAUGUUUCAAGUGCAGGCAAAGGCUUUGGGCAGGGUGUUGUUCGAUCAAGUAUGCAAACAACUGCACCUCUUGGAGGCGGACUAUUUCGGUCUCGAGUACCAGGAGCCUAAUGGAACGAAGUACUGGCUGGAUCUGGAGAAACCAGUUUGCAGGCAAGUGGGGCUGUCGCUGGUCGAUCCGCUCCUCAGGUUCUGCGUCAAGUUCUACACGCCCGAUCCGGCGCAGCUCGAGGAGGAGUUCACGCGCUACCUAUUCUGUCUGCAGAUCAAACGUGACCUGGCCCAGGGACUGCUGCAGUGCAACGACAACACUGCCGCGCUCAUGGCCAGUUAUAUAGUUCAAGCUGAGUGCGGCGACUACGUUAUCGAGGACUACCCGGAUCACACGUACUUGUCGACGUACAAAUUCGUGCCGCAUCAAGACAACGAGCUCGAACGGCGGAUAAUGGAGAAUCACAAGAAGCACGCGGGCCAAUCGCCUGCGGAGGCGGACUUGAACCUCUUGGAAACCGCUCGACGCUGCGAACUCUACGGCAUGAAGAUGCACCCUGCGAAAGAUCACGAAAACGUGCCGUUAAACUUGGCUGUGGCACAUAUGGGAAUCAUAGUCUUUCAACAUUACACUAAAAUUAACACCUUUAGUUGGGCGAAGAUAAGAAAAAUUAGUUUUAAGCGAAAGAAAUUCUUGAUAAAACUUCACCCGGAAGGCUAUGGUUACUAUAAGGACACAGUCGAGUUUUUCUUCGAGGGUCGCAACGAGUGCAAGAACUUUUGGAAAAAGUGCGUCGAGAAUCACGGCUUCUUCCGCUGUUCUGUCGUCAAGCGAGUGACGCGGCAAAAGACUCGAGUUCUCAGUCGAGGAUCUUCGUUCAGGUACAGCGGCAAAACGCAGAAGCAGAUAGUGGAGUUCGUGCGCGACAACUACGUGAAGCGGCAAACGUUCCAGAGGUCCAAUUCGUUCCGGCAGACUAGCAGUGGUAGGGCAUUGCAGGGCUCGGAGGGGGGAGGCUAUCGUGGGGCCACAUCAAGCAGCUCCCUUUUGGGCAGCUCCAGCAUCUCUGCCCACCCCCUCCUGCCCCUCGGCGAUCCUGCACUGGAAACACCGGCUCUGUCUCUGUCAUGCGGUUCGAUGACACUGGAUUCUCCGACGACUGUGACGAGUGUCUCGAUGGGCGGGACGAAUCACCGUCGCGACGACACAGCUAUGUCCUAUCGGACGCUCACCUCUAUCGACGUACAUUCGACGGCCACGCCAUACGGCCAGGGCCAAGUAGCCUCGCAUGCUACCAGUCAUCAUCAGCAGCAGUCGCAGUACCAGCAGCAGCAGCAAACCAGGAUUUCAUCAACAGGUCGUAUCAGCCCCUCUAACAGCAGUCCCCCUGAAUUCAGCACAGUGCCCCGACCUUUGCCGAGGUACUCGUGGCAGCGCUCGGCGAGCUGCCGCGAGCUCUACGCGACGAGCUUCGACGAGUCGGGAAAAGCUCGCUCGCCGCGCCAGCAGGGAGGGGAAACGGCCUCGUCGGGCCUCGACGGCUUCCAGCAGCAGCUACCGUCCCAGGGCGAGCUCGACCGACCGGUGACGCGCUGCGACGAGCUGACUCACCGCUCGUACAGCGCGGCGAGCUCGAAGCUCCCCUCGCUGGACCGCGACUCCGUGCCCGACAAGAUCUACAGCAGCUCUUACCCGGGCACGUCGUCGCUGUCCACCGAGUCGGGGCACGAGGGAUCCGCUCACGCGGGUGACCUCUCCCACGAUGAUCUUUCCCACGACUCGUACGAGCUGCUGGAACGCGAGGCCGAGGACGAGUCCGAGUCCUACUCGAGUCCGCGGCCCGGUCUGCGCGACGGGGCCGAGAACGAGGCGCUCUCUGACCAGAGUGACGAGGGAAUCGAGCCGGAGAUGUUCCAGAUGGACUCCGAGACCGAGUCCUUCGUCAAGCAGAGAUCGAUUCGUUCGACGGACAAGCAGCUAUUCAAGCACGUUCUCGCGGACAUCAAGAGCUCCAAGGGCUCCAAGUCGGUCGAUCGGUACUCGGCGACCAGCACCACGACCAGCACCACCACCACGACCUCGAUCAAGCGCGACAGCGAGAUCGUCGUUAUGGAGUCGCGUAUACAGCGCUCCAACACCCAGAUCGAGCGCAAGUUCGAGACGCGUCACGCCAACUCGGUUGAGCAGCAACAGCAGCAGCAGCUAGGCGCGAGCAGCAAGCUGGCCCUCCAGGACAGCUCGAACAAGCUGGACCCCAUGGUGCUACAGGCCCAGAAGCAAAAGGUCACGGUGCUCAACGAGCUCAAGAGUCUCAGGCCGAAGCACAAGAUCACCCACGUCGACUCGGAGGUUCUCAGGGACGAGGGCAUUAUGCGGCCCAAGUCGCGGAUAGACGACGAUCUCAGCCCGGUCGAUCUGAGCAGGGCCGCGAUCGUGGGUAGGCAGACCAGGGCCAGGAGCAUAGCCAGUCUCGAGGAAAGUCAGCCUCCGCGUCCGUACGUGGAGACGGGUAGCUUGGGUAGGUCGCAGAGGGCACGGGAGAAGAAGGCCCGUGAGGCCGAGAUGAAGGUCGACAAGAUCCUGUCGAAGAUGCAAGAGAAGGAGCGGAAGCGCAUCGAGCGCGAGAACUCGCGGGAGAUCCGCAAGCUCGAGAAGACCGACUCGCGAAGAUCCGAGAGAGGGGAGACGAGGCGCAACGCGGAGCUACGGCGCAGCAUGGAGAGGCUCGACGCGCGGGAACGCAGCCUGGAGCGUCUCGACUUCGGUCGGGAGAGACGCUCCAGCUGCAAGAACGACUUCCGCGAUUACCGGAACCGAAGCAACGAACACCUCGACUCGCGCGAGUUCAGAAAGAGCUUGGAGAACCUCGACAGCAGGAGCUACUACCGGAACCACCGUCGCGAGCUGCGCGACCGAAGGGAGAGAAGCAUGGAGCGGCUGGACGCGAGACGCAGUCCUGGUCGAAGUCCUCUGUCUGAACAGGAGUACCGAUACUACGAUAGCAGAAGGGACUCGGACAACAUGCGCAGCCCCUUCGGUAAGCCUAGGAACAACCUAAGCGCGGACCGAAUCGACAAGGAGAGAUCCAUCUUCGACUUCGAUCCGAAAGCCAUCGAGAAGCUCAGCUCCUUCGAGCGAUACGAGAAGGACAAGAAGGACAAGAGGAGAGGCAGCGACCGGAAGACUUUCGAGAAGACGGAUUCGCGCGACGGCCGGAAGAGCGUGGACUUUUCGGGAAUGAAGAAUCUGGACUACGACAGUUAUGUCAGCGCGGAGUACCAGGAUAUCAGGAGACACAGCGAGCAGAUCGAGAAGAUGAGGGAGUCCAAGCCAAGGGAACGGGACGACUGGAGGAGCUUGGAGAAAGCCAGAAAAGAAGCCGAGCGACUGGAGAAGGAACGACAGGGAAGACUGUCCACGGAGUGGCGCACCGAAACUGUCCUCGGCGUCCCCAGCGAGUGGGACAACGACAAGUCCAAGACUGUCUUUACCGAAUACGAUCCGAAGGUAGUCGGCGGCGUCGUGGUAGGCUUCCCGGACGAACCGAGUGCGACCUGUCACAUACCCGUGGAGAGAACGAAGAGCGAUCCCAAUCCGGCGAGGCAGAGAUUCGGCUCCAACAGCAAACGCCACGUGCUCAUGCAUCAGAAGUCGAUCGAUCUCACGCCCGCCGAUUCCGGCGACGAAGACGCGUUCGCCGACAGCACGCAACCCCGAAAAUCCAACACCGACAUACCUUACACUCUCCACAAGCGUCACGUGAUGAACGGCACGGCGUCCGAGGAUAAAUCGGACUCCGACGGCUCGAAACUCGGGAAAAUUGCCGCGAGACUGCUUGCCAAAGAUUUGCCAAAGUUACCGCUAAAGCCAGUCACCGAUGCUUCCUUCGUCGACCUGACGAAACUCACCUCACCCGAUAAACCCUGUACACUCGCGUUAUCACCGGAAAAGCCUCGUAGCAUUCUCGUUAGCUCGGAUAAGCCGAAAGUAGUGUUAAGUCCAUCCGAUAAACCGAAGAGCAUCUUGACUUCGAAGCUCUCGCCGAGUCCAUCGCCCAAUCCAAGCCCGAAAGUCAGCCCGACGAGACAGGCGAAGGACAAGAAGUCGAGCUCGUUGGACAAAGUCAGAAUGGAGCCUUCUAUUGCUGGAAUAAUUGGGCCUAAAUCGUUCAGCCUAGAUAAGAAACACACAAAACUCUCGCCGACUGAGCCGAACGUCACGAUUAUUUCUAGUCUGGAGUCCAGAUCGCCGAAGUAUCUGUCUCCCACCGAUCCUACGGUGACCAUCGUAUCGGCGCUCGAGAAAAGACGAUCUCCUGACUCUAGCUCCAGGAGUCCGAGUCUUUCCGAGAGGUCGAAGUUCAAUUUCGCAGAGGUCGUUGGGAUGGAGAUCAAACAAGAGCUGGAACGCCGUGAAAGGGAGAGGAGAAUGUCUCAAGUUCCCGACGACGGCUGGGAAGGACAGGAUAGCAUAGAGAAUAUGCCUCUUCCCGAAAUUCCCGAUCCGGAUAAAUCGAAACCUGCGUUCACCAAGAAACCACCGAUUCCGGACAAACCACUGACGACUCGUCCCAAGCCUAGCCGUCUUAUCGUCACGGAUCAUUCGAAAGAUGACGCGUACGAGAGCGACGGUCGCUUGUCGGUACCGACGUCUCCGAAGCCUCCCCCAUCACCGAAAAAAACCAAACCUAAAGGUUACGAUAAGCCUAGCAUACCCGAGAAGACCAAGCAGAUUCUCGACAUCAUCGAAUCGAAGUUUUGCGAGGCGAGUAAAAACGUAGCUUCGAAAGUAUCGAGACCUAAGAUCAUCGACACUGGCUACGAUGACUUUGUCGAGCCCGUCGCGGAUCUGCCUUUGGACGAGGUGCCCGUGAAGCCAACUUUAGAGUUGGAUAGCCUUAAAGUUCCUGAAUUCACUCCGUUUAUGUUUAGACCUCACGGAGAACCCUUGCGCUCCAAGUCGUUGUCUUUGGCGGAAGAAAAAGCGCCCAUAGAUACGCUUCUGUCUCCUGAAAUGGAGAACAAGAGCUUUGCGCAAGAUUUAUCGCCCAAACGAAUUAAGAAGGUGAAAUCUGACCCCGUCAAGAAGGACUUUAAAAAGCAGUCUAAAUCGCUUGAAGGUGAUAAGCCGCCUCUUAAAAAGAGCGGCUCCAAGGAAAUUAAGAAUUCACCUUCGAGUUCGCGCAUAGAUAAAUCAAAAUUAAAACUAGGUGAAAUGCCUCAAGAAAUCAUUAUUAUUGAUUCAACAGAUAUAGUGCCUGAGGUCAGUAUAAUACAAAAAGGAAGAUCAAAAUCAGUGAGCAGAUUAUCAGAUAGAUCGUUUUCCUCCUCGAGAGACGACGACCUGAAGAAACCUCGAGCGAAAUCCGCCUCCGUUGAUGACGAACUUAUUAAAAUCGUUACUACAUUGCAGCAGAGAGAAAAGGGCAGACCUAAGUCUCUAGGCAUUUCUAAAAGUUUAGGAAGCACCGAAAGAAAAGACUCAGUAGAUAAGGUAUCUCCUAAGCGAUCUGUUAGUGUUAAGGCCAGCAAGUCUGAUUUAUCGAAAGUAUCCCCGAGAGUUUCUCCUAAAGUUUCACCCAAAGUCUCACCGAAAGUAUCGCCAAAAGUCUCGCCCAAAGUUUCGCCAAAAGUCUCACCGAAAGUUUCUCCGAAAGUAUCGCCGAAAUCUUCACCGAAAGUAACGCCAAAAUCAUCCCCUAUGGUAUCGCCGAAGGCUUCGCCGAAAAAGCGAGUUUCGGAAAUAGUAAAAUCGUCGCAAGUUUCUGGCUCCAAGCAAGAAUCGGCAGCUGAAACGAAGAAAACGAUCAGUGAUUUAAAGAAGGAAGCGAAGAAAUCACCGGUAGUACUCCGUAAACCGGGACAAAGUCCGGUGCUGUUCGCGCGUGCUCGUCUCGGACUGUCGGAGGGAAGUGGCAUCGGUGCCUUACAGCGUCAAGGAGCAGCAAAUCAAUCUCCAACUUCCCAAAGAAGAGCUAAAUCCUUAGACGCAGCUGUUAUAUCUGUUAAUAAAUUACCUCCGGCAAAUGCCUUCUCAAGCAAGGAUGAUACCGUUGACGUAAGCGAGGAAGCUGAAGAUCAAGCAAGAUCGAGCGAAGUCGAAACACACGAGAAAAGUCCACUUCUGAAGCAGCAGUCUAUUAUGAUCGAAUAUUCACUCAAUAAUAGAUCUGACAGCACAGACCACACGACGGUCCCAGAAAUAUUCACCGACUCACAUUCGAGUACAGAGGCAUCAGCUCAGUAUUUGGAAUCGCCAUUGACAGAGAACAACGAUAUAGUUCCAUGUCCAGAUCUAAUUCUGGACGAUCCAAAAGCCCGACAGAAACUUCUCAGCAUGGCUAUGAAAGAUGCGAAGCCAUUUGAGAUUAAAGAUGGAUCGCAAACAAAAUUCAUCGAUCAAAGUUCUGAUUCGAAUACGGAAAGUAAAGCCCCUGUCGAGAAACCAAAGUUUUCUCUCAAAAAGAUUCAAUCCGAUAAAAGAAUGAGCCAAGUAGUGAAGAAAAUAGUCGAAGCUGAAAAGUUGAAGGAGAAAGAAAUAGAGUUGGAGAUGGAAAAAGAGAAGGAGAGAGAGAAAGAAAGAGAGAAGGCUAAAGAAAAAGAUGUUAAGAAAGAACCCGAAAAGGAGAAAGUCAAGAUAGUUGAGACGAGACUCAAAGAUUUUGGCGAAGAUUUGCCAAACGUUACGAUAAGUCCUAGUAAAGAUCCAGUACAAGGACCUAGCAAAAGCAGAGAAGGAACACUGACUCCAGAUUUUAGCGAUUUUCCUCCGGAUGGACCAGACAUGGCGAAAUCACCCAUUCAAAUUUCUAUAGAAGAAUGUUCUGACGAUGAUAUCGAUCACAGUGACGAUCAGCAUGACGACGGAAUCGAUCAAGAAACUUACGAAAUCGAACCACGAGAGAAGAAACGAUUGGACUCGGGUGAUACGAGUGAAGAUACACUGGAUGCUCUAGACACCCAAAUACAAAUGCAAGCAAUAGACAGUGAGAUGAGUUCUCCAGAUUAUGGAGUCGAUAAGAUGGACGAAAAAACUUUGGUAGAAGUCGAAUUAACUGCGGAGUACUUGGAUAUGCACAAGGAUGAAGAUGGCACUGAGGAACUCCCAGAAGAUGAGCCUGCAGGAAAAUCCGUUGAUUCGGAUGACAAUAGACUUAGCGUUGAUAAAAAAGGCAGACUUAGCCAGGAGCGCUCAAGGAGCGAAGAAACGAGUACGUGGACGGCUGAUCGCGAAGAUCCUGAUUCUAGUUCGUGUUCGAUAGCUCGUCCUCUCGGUAUUGGAGCAGUUCAACCUAUCGUUGAUCGACGCGAAAUCGCAUUAAUAAGAGAACAACGCAAAGAAGCUUCGCUUGAGGAUGAGAGCAGCAGUAGUUCAGUUUAUCCAGGACCUCUCAGACAUGAAAUGAGUUCAACCUGGAGGCCUUUUCCUCUUGAAAGUUCAGGCAGUUCGAGCCUAGAGGAAGGUUGGAUUCCACACGAUGAUAAUAUGCACCAGUCGCAUUCGGAAGACAGCAACGGCCAUAAUGAAGACAGCUAUCAAGAUGAUCUCGUAGACAUGCCAGGUGGCUUCGCUUAUCCUAUUGGUCCAGAGAUUAUGGCAUCUUACGGCGCGUUUUCUUUGUCGAGAACGCUCUCUAGGAUAUCCGAAAGAUCGACGACCUCAGAACAGGACAAGAGCGAUAUGGAAGAUUCUUUCAAACCUAGUUCUAGAUCACCUAGUCUGGAUGAUGAAUCCUUGAUAUCCAGUGAUCAUCAACCAUCUUUGUCUUCUGAUCCGCCGUCAGCAGCCGCAGUACUUUCAGUUUCGGAGGAUCGAAGAACUUCUUCUGAACUGCCUGACAUUCCGAUAGACGUCUGUGCUCGUGACGAUGAAGGUAAAUCUCCAAAAAGUAGAAGAUCGAGACUGCAGUUGCAAACUUCGGAAGAUUGGCCCUCUCCACCUAGUUCGCCAAUGUUUGAGACACCUGUAGUCAGUCACGUGGAGACCUUCUACAUGGAGAUAAAGCCUGAAGAGGCAGUAAAGGUGACUGUUACGGACAGUACGGAAACAUUAGGCCGGAAUACGCAAAAUAGCGAUUCUAGCGAUGAAAAUCGAACGCUUCACGAUGAUUUACAAUCAACCAUACUCGAAGAUAAUCAAAGUUCUUCCGCUACUAUCGAUGGAACGGUCAGAGUUGUUGUCAGGCCGUGUUCCAAUUCUCACAUCACUGGUUCUUCACACAGUGAAGAUACCUCUAUGGGCUUGUCGAUGUCCGAAUGGUCCAGCUCGAAUAAUACUGUCAGACAGUUCUGUCAGUACUCUGGUACGAAAUCCGAUGAUAACUCUCUUGCGGAAUUAGGUGCUUCCAUUUCCGACUGGUCCGGUAGUACGACUGUUAUCCCUCAACAAUAUUAUUCAGCUGUGGGCGGGGAUAAGAGUCAGAGUGAUACGACCACUUCGGAAAAAAGUGGGACGAGUAUGCGACCAAAUUCCAAGUGCCAAAUGAAAGAGAGUCCAAGUCUUCCAGGUGCUACUGAAGAGUACAGCGAAGAGCACGGUGAAUUACAUGACGAGGAAAUCGAAGAAACGAAAGACGAGUUCGAUGAGGCGAGAAGAUUUGUCGAGAGCCAGUUCGACGAAAUGCAGAGGAAUCAAUUUGAGGAAGAAAACGCUAUCAUGAUGGCUCAAGCUCCAGAAAUCUCACCACCAAGAAUAUUUUUAAGAAACGAGUAUGACGAAGCAAUCGAAGAAAACUUUGACAUUUUACCAGACCUUGUCGAUCUACCUGGUCCAAUACCGGAGGAGGACGAAGAUCAACUGUACGAUAAUGUACCGGCCAUGCGUUACACUAGCGGUGACCAAGUUCGAAUGGAAGUCAAUCGAGGCGACAGUUCCGAAGACAUGCAUGAAGGCUAUACAGGAUUCUCGUCGAUAUCAAGAUCAAACGAAGACGAUUGGUCUUUCGAAGAACAACGUCCUCUACCAGAAGAUCCACACAGCAAACGUAAAUUCGGCCGAGCUCGUUCCGAUCCAGCUCAGGAUCCAAGACGCACUGGUACUAGAUCGACUGAGAGACCAGUCGUCGUUCCGAUUAGAGCAAAGUCAACGCCUUACUACUCAACAACGAGCUUAAGCGGAGAGUCGACCACGUCUAGUCCACCAAUGCAGAUAAAAGCACAAAUACGAACAAAAACGCUUCCUUAUUCGUCGGGUAGAAGUCCACAGAGCGAAGGUGACACUUCCUCGAGUAUGGACAGUCCAGGUCACACACCGGACAGAGGUCAACGGGCUUUCAGAAGGAAGAAACAGCAGAGAAGACAUAGGGUUGUGGUGGACAUGGAAAUAAAAGAUGGCCACAUCGUAUCCAGUACGGAUUCCAGCUUCGAUGUCGCUACUAUUCCUCCGCCGUUACUUGUAGAACCGAGUAUUGAUAUCGAGGAUGACGAAAAUGAUGAAUUGUCCGAACAGAAUAAGAAAAGACAGUGCUAAAAUACGACGGUACUGGAAGUACUGAGGAAGAAUAACGAUACUUAAUACGAAUGUUCAGUGUAUGUUAGAAAGAAACUUUUCGCUUGAGACAACAGCGAAGAAUUCCAAUAGGUUUUGCGAAACAUCUCAAAACACAGUAAUAAAUUCUCACCUGCUUUGAAAAAGCGAAGAAAGUCAAUCGAAUCGUCGAGUUAAAAAGUACUUACGCAUCUCCGGACAAUGGAAUUGAAUUUCAGUCGCGUGGAAUUGAACAAGUAGCUUCGAAUACGCGUAAAAAGUGGACGAUGCUACACCAAAUAUAUUGCGAGUGAAGGAGUGAGAAAAUAAUUCAAUGAUAAUGUAAUUAUGGUGCAUAGUUUAAAUUUAUUAUGAUAAAAAUAUGUGCUAACGAUCAAAAUGUUCCACACAAGAGAUAAUUAUAAAUAAUUAUACAUAUACACACCUCCAACGAAAAGAUUAUUUCUUAUACGUGUCCACAUUGUGAAGAUCAAAAUAAACCGAUAACCAUACGACACACCUUACUUUGCACAGAAAAUCCCUUUUGAUGAAUGAGCAAUUAUACCACGAGUUCAGAAGAAGGGGAUGGCGAGAGGAAAAUGAGUUUUUGCAAGAAUAAUGUGUUUACGAGAACGACAAUCAUCGCUGAAGUUUAAUAAGCAAGCGAAGAAGAAUCAAGAUGAAUAUGUGAUGCGCUAUCGUUGAACGUCGAAGCUGCGGGCGGAAAGCGAGUUGCUCAAAGUAGAUUUUUAACAUUAAUACAUAUAUAAUAUAUCCUCGUCCUAUCGUAAAUGGUAGAGUUGCAAUGCGUAGUUUAGAAAGUUUGUUUUUAAGACAGAAACUAAUUCGUGAUAAUAGAUACCCGACCGAUUAUAAAAGAUAAAAGAUUAAGAGACGCCAAACAAGAAAAUCCUCAUCAAGACGAAGUAUAUAUGAAGAGGCAAUAGAUUGUCACUGAGAGCCUUUUUACAAAAAAGGUUCACGACGGAUUUCAUUGUUUGUCCUCGUUAAACACACACGGCAUACGAAAAUCGAUUAAACUUUCUACGAGGCCAAAGCCCAACAACUUUCGUUUUGAAUUGCGUGCCUAGUUUUUAUACCAUUUUCAUCGUGCACAUUUUUAUAUAGAGAGACGGGCAUCGGAGCAAAGCGGCUCUCGAUUAUCCCACUCCCUUCUUUCCUUCCUCUUCCCACGCAGUCGAUUUUGAGCGGAAGAUAAACGAUAAUCACCUUAUACACGAAGCGUCGUUUUUCAUUUGCCCUCGAGUGGUACCUAUAGAUAAGAGAAAAAGAAACGAAGAUAAUUGAAGAAAACUCAACGGCGGUAAACUUGUAUUUGAAUCGAUAACUCGUAGGAUAUAGAUAGAACGAAAAAUAGACAAAUUUUCCAAUAUAAGUGUAAAUGUUUUUUUAUCGAAUUGGAAUUAAUAGAAUGUGUUUUUCGAUCAUCGUCGAGAUUGAACCUGCUGCUGCUGAGCUGUUGUACGCCCGAGCAGACAUGAAAAUUUAACGGAACUGCUGCUGUCGAGUACCGAUCGACCGAUUACGCUGUCCAUUCGUGUGUCGCGUAUACAUAUAUACAUAACGAACAUCAAACGGCAAAUCGCUCAGCCAGAAAUGCGCGCGUGCAAGAUGCGAAUUCAUUGCUACGACCUCGAGCGAGAGAUUUGGUUGUUACUACAUUGUUAAUGUGUCGUUAAGACUGUUUUAGGGUCCGGAAACCCAACUACUCCUGUUAGAUAAUGUGUGGUGUAUAACCAGAUUUUUCAUUUUAAGUUAUAUAUCUCGGCAUAUAUACGUACAUAAUGAAAAGAGCAUGCGAUUGGGCCAACUUACGUGUACACAUCAUUGAAUUAUAACCGAUCAUCUUCUUACCUUUCUUUGUUUUUCAUCUAAUUUUUUUGUUUCAUCACAUAGGUAUAUCCAUUCUGUUCGAUUACCCCAUCAUGCACUCAGUUGUUCUAGAUAAUAUCGACUCUUGAAUUUGUCGUGACGUGAGUCGCAACGAGGCAUCCGCUGUCCAUAUGCAAUACUUCUGAUACUUUGUCGCGGCUGCGUAUGCCUCUUUGCGAUGGUACUCUAUUCACAGUAUAGACAGUGCUGUCAAUUUGCGGAUAAAUGGACAAUUUUGAUAAAAGAUUUUCUAAAGUACUAAGGAUAUUUUGAUGUCUAUGAAAAAAUAAACGAAUGAUGUGUAAACCUCAUUUUGGUACAUGUGAACGAAUUUAACUAUUUAAAACUUAGAUCGUAAAUAAUAUGCUAAUUAUACAUGAUAUAGAUACAAAUAUUAUGAUAUCUCCUUGAAUUGGCAGUGCUGUGCUAUUGGAACUGCAUCUGAUGCAUCUUCGUAAUCAUGUAUAUCACUUCUGGUCGCACAAUUUCACACGCGUGAUCCUUUUUGUUUUCUUUCGUUUCGGCAUUCAUACUUCUCAUCAUACUCACCUCUUUUCAUCGUCAUUUUUAUUUCAACGACAUUCGAACAUUGCGAGAUUGUUAUCGAUAGCGUAAUAAUAAUAAUAAUAAUAAUAAUAAUAAUAAUCUAAGAAUAUUAGCAUAACUUGAUUCGCCGAGUUCGGGGAUGAUGUGUACUCUAUCUUAUACGCGCCUCGGUACGAUCGCGCCAUUCUUUUUGUAAAAAGAUAAACGACGUGUAAAUCCUCUUGCAAGAUCCGUCCGAGGCGCUGAUGGAAGAAAAGAAAGCAUUGAACGAGGCGUCCAAUGGAUUCAUUUGGCUGUUUCAGUAUUAGCGAAUGACUGACAUUGUAUACUCAUUAUUAUCAAUUAACGAUGAUAUCUUGUCACAUACAAUAGGGAUAUAACGUAAUGUAAAGGUCAUAAUAACACUUGCAUUAGGAAAACAAGGUAUUAGUAGCCAAAGUCGAGGGAAAAUUUAACCGCAAACGAUUCAGGGCUUCUUGAUGACAACACACUUGAUACGAUCCUUUCUCAAAUGAUCGCUCCUAGCGGUCGAGGCUUUUCCGCGGAUUUAUAUUUGCACACAUACACACACACGUUACAGAAACCAAAACGCCCACUGGCACAAAAUAAUUUUCCGUAUUUACACGUCCAACAGAGGCACUUUGAUUUCCCUCUCAUUUGAUAAAAGCGAAACAGACACCCUACUGACACAGCGCGAUAUAGACAGACCAUAAAAAAUUCCGAGGAAUCACGGCAAGGAAAGCUCAGUUAAAGACGAAGUGCUUCUUGACAGGUGGUGGUGAUGGUGAUUACAACCGCUGGAACUACCAGAACGGGUACGUGAACUCGCCGGCUUGGCACGUGCCUUACCGGGUGAACCAGGUGCGUAACGUAAUGGUUCACGCGACGCCCCGCAAC